AUAUUUGCUAUGGUACCGCUACAUUUCUUGUUUCACUUUCAAAUGCACAGUAAGGAAAUAUGAUAUCCUAGUCACACCAGUCGCCAUGUUAUCAUUCAGAACUCCCUUGAUACCAAAGAGUGGUUUUAUUCCAUCGUUUUUUCUGUCUUUACGGGUUACUGUAAUGGGAAAGCAGUAGCUUGACCACGGUACUCUCUCAUUGAACGGGGCAUCUUCCGCGGUGAACAUUCUACAGGAAAUUCCCAUCACACAGGCGCCAAGAGUCCUCGCAAUUCGAACCAGAAGGAGUUCAUAACAUAAUCGCAAAGGAAUAUUGUAAUAUUGAGUCCUUGUGGUUCGACCUUAUACAUAUUCACCUAUUGGACUGGUACACUUUCUCAGACCAUUUCGCGUAUUUAUUGGCCUUGUAGCGGGCUAUAUAGAGAAAGCAGCGCGCUAGCAUGUGUGUGGAGUAUGUUAGAUGUUCUUAAACACUACACAGGGUUAAAUUCAACCGAGAAAUUCAUAGAAACGUUCCUGAAAUAAGCGGAAAACACAAGUAGCUAAUUGUUAUUCUGCUGGAGCUUCGAUCCGUUCAGUUGAAAGAUAAACUUGCGAACUCGCGGUUUCCGCUGGAUCUUUGGUCCACUGCUGCACAGGGCUCGACAGCAAAUUAAUCCCUGGUGCUCUAGGGAUCCUACAAGGACGCUAUGUACCCCGAUUUAAUGAAAGAUGGCAAGGGAAUAUUUUAUUCUAGCCUUUAUUCUCUUCUAAGUUCAUGCAUUAUUCCGGUUUGCCACAUGUCAAGCAAAACUCAUAUCAAUUUUUAAUUCUGUAAUUCAAGGACCGUAUAGAUUAACUUAAAAUUAGCUAACGACUCUUAGCUACCAGUAUAACGCAAAAACUUUGAUUUUUUUUUGUUAAGUGGGGAUCAAAAUUGUCCAAACGCAUACUUCCAUUGCACUUUAUUUCCCCGUUUUACCCAUUAUAAUCCUUACACACUCUUUACAUAUUUUUCCGCUUUGGUUUUGAUGUUAUGAGUUUCGAUAUUUUUGCAUGUGAGGUAUUCAUUCCUGCAGCAGCCAAGCUUGGGUUUUGUUAUUCAUUUACAGAGUGAUAAAAUCUCUUAUCGACUUGUCCAUCGCGCAUAUUUCUAGCAUUUCGUGAGCGCGGGGUCUGUCUAACCGAGACCGCCCUCGGAUACUUGUACGGAUUCGAACUCCUGGAAACUUGCUCUCUGAUUAAUGACACAUUUCGUAUUGUAACCAAGGACUAUAUGUAAAUCGUAAAUGCAUAGACGCUUUACUCACUCCGAGAUCUUCCUACUUCCGCUUGGCUAAUAAACCAACUGCGUAUGUAGAGAAUUCCGUUCAGUGAGCAUUUGCUGAUACGAGAAUUUAGUCAAGAGAGAGUUAAUAUCGGGCAUCUGGCGUUAACCCUACCGUGACGGUCCGUCCUGCCAACUCCGGCGCCGCUCUUGAUAACACCGAGCCAUUCCCGCACAUCAUGGCAGCGCCUAAACGCCGUAGAAGCAGCUCAUCAUCUUCCUCAAGCUGUUCUCCCUCACUUACUUCACCGCGCUAUGUUACUCGGGCGUUUCUUCGCGAGCGGCGGGCUAGCGGGAUCGAGAACAUUGGGCCUUACUUCGGUCGUCUGCCGCCCGAGAUGAUACGAUUGUUGAUCUCGUAUCUCGACGCGCCUGGCUUGUCGAAAUUCAUCUCGACGUGCCGCGUCUUUAGCUCUUACACCGAGCAGUCAUGGAGGAAACUGUGCAAGAAACAAGGCCUUGCUCUCACGCCAACAGUUCUGUGUGUGGCGAACCCGGCGAAUCCUGGCAGCGAUUAUGAUUACGACAGGGCCGUGGAGCUGAGCUUUGGGGAAAUGAGGUGGAAAUUAGCACUGAAAAGGAACUGGUUGUAUUCCAAUUGGAAAUGUGUCGUGUGUUAUCGGAACUGUUCGCAACGCGUAGAUUCGCAUUUCGACGUGGCGUUGUGUGACACAUGUCACCCUCUGUUCUAUCGCCGGAAAUGUCACGCAAAGGAACAAUUCAGCCUAACUGAAAAAGACCUUCGCCUUCUAGAAAACGAUUCAUACGAAUUUUUAGUCUCUGAUCUAAUUAGAAUAGCACGCGCAAAAUAUGGAAACAAAGAAGCCCUAGAGGAUCGGUUACAGGACCGACAACGAGUAAAAACCAGGCGUGAGGCGGAGAAGCAGUGUGCGCUGAUCCAUAGGGAACAAGAAGUGAUCCGAGCUCUUGAGCACAUGAACAGCUCCUAUGAGGACAUUGCUAGUGUUGAUGCGAGGUGCAUGCCGUAUGUGAGCACUCCUGCCAGCUAUUCGUAUGCUCCACACCAGUCCCCUGAGGAUGCAGCAAAGUGGCUGAUUGCAUGGAAGGACCGACAGGAGACCAGGAAUAAGUUACUACUGGCGGAGAUAUCUGCUAGGGCGUCAAGGUGUAAAGGAUGCCGUGCCAAGUAUGACUACAGGCUUGUACAUGGGUCCAAAUGUACACAUGUAUCAGAUGAGCAAUGUGAAAAGUUAAAAAAGGCCAUCAAAGAGAACUUCCACCAUGAUAUAGCUCACUACAGUCGACAUGGCCAGUUAUCCCUAGAGACUGGCGUGUACGACCUGGAGCACCGGUCAGCUCAGGAGCUGUUCAUGAGGAAUGAGAGAAGAAUGAAACUACAGGAGGAACUGGAGUCUCAAAGAGAGGAAUGGCCCGAAAUCCUACUAGGCAGCAAAGAUCCUAUGAACUGCUCAUACGCACAAGAUUACAUCUACAAAGGAGUCGCCAUCCUUGACGCUGAAGGGAACAAAUGUCGCCUUAAGAAUGCCAAGGACGUGGGCCGUAUCAUCUUAGCUCAAGCAAGAGGGUGGAACAGACGGUUCAACCAAGUCAAGGAGGAGUUGGGGAAGAAAGGAUUCUUCCCCCCAUUUAACAAGAUGAUGAUAGAGAGCAACCUCUUGAUUGACGACUUUGUCGAUAGCAUGAUAGUGGUGCGAGGGGAUCAUAUAGUGGCCUGCACAGCGGUAGAGAUUGCCGACAGGAUAGCCGUCAUUGAGGGGAAGGAGGAAGAACAAAAGUCAGCUGUAGCAGAGAGGUGUGCCAGGAUUUAUGCCGAGUGCAACCCGAGACCAGACUUUGAGGGGUUGAAACAGGACAGAAGAAACAAGUUAGUAAAGCACAUGGAACUAGAAUCUGCUAAAGACUUUGUGAAAGGUGACCCCUGCUGGAAUCCUGCUUAUGAAUAUGUCAACUGGGUGGUCAUUACCAGACUUCUUGAUCCAGAACAUAAAGAAAGGCUAAGGAAAUUUGUCAAUUUACCCUCACCCUGUCCUGGGACAACAACAUCCCUGUUUGGAUACAAAAUCACCACAUUAGAAGCUGUUUCAGGGCUGAUACGGCUCAAGAUGCGUCUCAAGGCUCGCUCUUCAAAAAUAGAUAAAUUAGCCUAAAUUAGGUAGAAUUCUAUUCGCAAUUCCUCUCAUAAGAAAGCAAAUGUAGCUUCAACAUAGUUAGGAAAUACUAAGCAGAAUACAGGAAGGAAAAAACUAUAAGGGAAAUAUUUAAACCGAGAAAAGAAGUGUUCUGUUUAUUAUUUGGUGUUGUUCAUCAUUGUUAAGGGUGUGUGUGUGAGGACAAGUUUCUAGUACAAGGAAUUACCUUGCAUUAGCAUAAUUGGUCAUUAUGCAGUACUAUAUACCAUGCUGCAGAAGUCAUUGAUAGAGGUAGUGAAAGUGAAACUGUUCUUGUAUGCCUUUUCAAUGCCAUAACAUUGACUUAAGUUUAAGUGUGUGGAGUAGUAAUCAACUGAUGUGAUGAUAAGUGAGUCUCUCAUUUAUUCAUAUCAUUGCUAGCAUAGCAGAGUAACACCAUAAGGUUUUCCUUCCCUGGGGUUGUUUAUCAAAAUCACAUUUAUGAAUUAUUAAUCCCUACUUAUUUGGGAAUAUGCCUAUUAUGCAAUCACAAAUUUACAACAAUUAUAAUUCUAUUUUUUGAAUAUGCUUCAGCAAAUUGUUUAUCAAAAAAUCAUUGCAAAAAUUUACAAAAAUAUCGAAUUUACAAAAAUAUCAAAGAAUAUUGAAGAAAAGGCACAAUGUUUUGUACAUACAAAGAUUAAUCAGCAUGAAAAUCAGGACAACUGGUGCAUUUUCUCACCAGUUCUAUGCUCAAGUUAUACAUAUUAGAAAAAAAUUAGGACAAAAUUAAUAUUGAUUAUAGAAAUUACUAAUAGCUGCUAAAAUAAUUUCACAAAUACUGCUAUAUGGCAUGAACUUGAGAAACAACUAUAAAAUAAUUUCAAAUACUGCUAUAUGGCAUGAACUUGAGAAACAACUAUUUCUAUUGUAUUUCUAUGAUUGUCCUUAUCUGUACAUGCUAUGACUUGUAAGAUGCUCUCAAUUUUUUACUAAAAAGAUGGACAAAUUCCUUAUAGAAAUCAGACAGAUUUUAAUAAUAAUUCAAAGUUUUCAUACAUCAAAGCACUUGAUAUUUAAAAGAAUGCCUUAAAAUGGCGGCAUUGUACAAAUAAAAAGACUUUAGACGUGCAUUUCUGCCGUUUCAUAUAAAAACUCAAGUUUUGUGCUACACACAAAAUACACUGUUUUAGUUCACUUUGUGUACUAAAGUGUUGUAAGAAUGUUCAAAUAAAACCGCAAUUUGAAUCAAA